AUGCUAAUAAAGUAAUUUGAGAUAGAGACAAAAAAGUUUAUUGAUGAAUUAAAAAAUGGUAAUAGUAAUAUCCUGGUAAAUAAUUUGAAAUAAACUAAAAGGUAGCAAUUAGAGUUAGACCUUUGAGUUAGAAAGAGAGAAGUUUAUCAGAGUUUGAGACAAUUAGAAUUUUGGAUAAUAAGAUGAUAGUUUUAUUGGAUCCUGAAUAAGAGAGAGAUGAUGAUGUAAAGAGAUUGAUAAUAAUAGUUAUUAAGAAAAAAUAGACUAAAAGAAACUAAUUUUGCAUUUGAUUUUGUUUUUGAUCAAUUUGCUUCUUAAUAAAUGAUAUAUGAGAAUACAACAGAAUUUUUAUUAGAAGGAGUAUUAGAGGGUUAUAAUACAACAGUAUUUUGUUAUGGUGCAACAGGUUCAGGAAAAACUUUUACGUAAUUAGGAUAUAUAAUAAUUAGAAUGAUAGGUACUUAAUAGGAAAUAGGAUUGAUGCCAAGAGCAUUAUCAUAGCUUUUUAAUUAUUCAAUUUAAGAUCGAUUUAAAGAUACUUAAUUUAAAGUUUCUUAUGUGGAGAUUUACAAUGAAAACAUAAGAGAUCUACUAACUUCAGAAGAUAAAAAUUUAGAAAUAAGAGAAGAUAAAAAUAAUGGGAUAUAAAUAGCAGGUGUAAUAGAAGUAGAUGUUAAAACAGUUUCAGAAGUCUUGGCUCUUUUAAAAGUAGGUAACAAAAACCGUUCUAAAGAGGCAACGGAUGCAAAUAAAGAAUCCUCAAGAUCUCAUGCAAUUUUAUAACUAUAAGUUGAAAGCAAAGAUAAAGCUGCCGGAAUAUAAGAAUAAAUUAUUUAAAGUAAAUUUAGUUUAGUAGAUUUGGCUGGCAGUGAAAGAGCAGCUAAUACAAAUAAUAAAGGAUAAAGAAUGAUUGAAGGAGCUAAUAUUAAUAAAUCAUUAUUGGUGUUAGGAAAUUGUAUUUAAUCAUUAUCAGAGGCAAAUGAAAAAGGCAUUAAAAAUCCAUUUAUUCCUUUUCGAAAUUCAAAGCUUACUCGUCUUCUUAAAGAUUCUUUAGGAGGAAAUUGUAGAACAGUAAUGAUUUCAAAUGUCACUCCUUCAGUUAGUUGUUUUGAAGAAACUUACAAUACUUUAGUUUAUGCUAAUAGAGCUAAAAAUAUAAAAACAAUUGCUAAUCGAAAUGUUUUAAAGGCAUAAAAUCAUAUAAGCAAUUAUGCAUAAUUGAUUUAAAAUUUAAGAUAGGAAAAUGAAGAAUUAAAAUUGUUAAUUUAAUAACAAUAAUAUAAUUUAAAUGCUCCAUAAUUAAGUAUUAUUUUAAAUAUAAAUCAUAGAACUACCAUAAAUUAAUUAAAAAAAUCAUCCUCUUCCUUAAUUAUCUCUAAAGUAAUAAAUUAGUGAAUUAGAAUCCAUUAUUAAUCAAAAUGUUGAUGAAAUUACAGAUACAAAAAAUAAAAUAUAUCAAAUGGAAGAAUAAUAAAAUCAAUAUUAAUAAAAUAUUGGAUUUCUAUAAUUCUAAAAAGGAAGAACAUCAGAUAAAUUUGAAUAAGUGAGAUUACAAGAAAGAAUUGAUAAUGCUAAAAAUUAAAAAACCAUAAUCAGAAGAAGCUAGGAUGAUUUAGAAUAAUAAUUAUUAGAAUUUGAAGUUUAAAAGGUUGAUAUAUAAAAAUAAAUAUAAUAAAUAUAGGAUUCUAAUUAUAGAAAUUAUUUAUAUGGAAUCAUGAAAUAAGGUGAAUUUAAAAUUGUAUAAUAUCAUUAAUUAAAUUUUUAGGAAACUGUUGAAAUUUAAAUUUAAGAAAAAAAAAGAAGAUAUUAAGAAUAAAUUCAAAAUGAAUAAGUUAAAUAAUUAAGAACAUAGAUUAAUAAAUAAUAAGCUAAAGUUAUUUAGAGUGCUAAAUAAAAAUCAAAUGGUCCUAAAAAAGGUAUUAUAAACCUUUAAUAUUUAAUAAGUGCCAAGUUUACCAGGAGUUGAUUCUCCUUUUUAUUAGUUAUAAGGAGGUUAAAAUUAUGGUGUUUAGAAGUAAAUUAAAUAUUUAAAUUAGAUAUUAAAAAAAUAAAUCUCAUUUAAAAUUACCACCAGUUAUUUAAUUAACAUAAGCACAUAAAUCUCCAAAAACAUAAAAUACAACUAUUAAUAGUAUAAUUAUAUUUUUAAAUAAGAUAAAAUUGAUGAUCCAAUGAAAUAUAGAGUAGUAUAAAAAUAUUCUUCUAGAUUGAAUCGUCCACCUUCUUAUCAUCCUCCCAGUUCAUAAAGAAAAUCUGCUAAAGGAAAAUAUAUAAAUCGUUCAUUAGAUUUAGGUUCAGGUAGGGAAAGUGUUAAUAAGAGUUUAGGAGAUAUAUAAAAUGAAAUUAGUUUGAGAAAACUUCAAAAACUACGUUAAGAAUAUUAAUAAUAAAGAUUUGAAAAAGCAAUGAACCAUAAAAAUAAUUAAAAAUCAUUACCUUAAUUUACCAAUAAAAUUUUACUUCCUGGAAUGGUUCAUAAAUCUCCUUAUGUUAAAAAUUUUUAAAAUAACAAUGAACCUAUUGAAUUAAAAAAAGAGAGACUUAAAAUAUUAAAUAUGAAUUAAAAAGAGUAAGCUGUUGAUAAGUUUUAACUUUAUAAUUGA